AUGUCGUCCGCGUCUGAACGGCGUCGGAAACAAGCCUGCGAACGAUGUUGGAAACGGAAACAGAAAUGUGACAAAUUGCGACCGAGAUGUACAGCGUGUGCUGAGCUCGAAAUUGAAUGUACCGAACGGCAAUGGAGCUUUGACGCUGUUUCUGAAGAUACAGGCGUCACACACGCGUCCGUUGUUAGUUAUAUAGAAUCUCUAAAGGAGAAUAUAGAUCGUCUUGAGCAUGGACGAGUUGACAAGCGUCGUCGUACCUCCAGUACUAUUGCGGCCGAUGUCUCCCUAGAAGUAGGAUGGGCACGACAAAAUUCCGAGCACGAUGCGAAUGAUCAGAGGGGUCAUAACUCCGCCCAAGAGUCGACCAUUCGGGAUACCAUGGGCGGUAUUGGUCUCUUGUCUCGUUCUGCUAUGGCGGAGCCUCACGAUGAAUCUGAGAGACUACCCCGGAAUCUGCGAACUGAUAACAUUCUUAUGGCUGCCUUGGCAUUAGACGGACCGGAUCCGACAGCUGCUUCGCUUUCCGACGCUCGUCGACUGGGUCUGAUGGUUGAUUUUCAACCCAUGUCACUCCGACGAGACGCAACAAUUGGUUACUUGGAUCGCUUUGUCGACCAGGUAUGCUUCAAAUAUCCCUUCUUAAGUAGUAAAAGCCUGCGGGCGCAAUACGACUCUGUUGUGGAUAGCUCCAAUCACCCAGAUGGUAGUCUAGGCAAUGCUUCCCUUUCUAUAUUCAACUCAUGUCUUGCCGUCGCCAUCGGCGCUUCCGUUUCACCUGAGUCGACGAGUCUUAUGCCGCUCAUCAAUAGCUUGCAUUGCUCUGCCAUAAAGCAACUACCCUCCAUAUCGAAAACCCUAGGCGGAUUAGUAUUCAUACACUGCGUACUAUUCUUGGCUAUCUUUUCGAUGUAUAGCCCAAAUGGCGGCUCAACUUGGCACCUCGUGGGAUUGGCCGUGAAAAAAUGUAUAUCUUCGGGUCUCCAUAAGGAACAAGAACCUCAACCAUCGAUCUCACCAAAUGCUGUCAAUUAUAGGCGAGCACUAUUCUGGAGCGCUUAUCUUAUUGACCGAUUAACAAGUUUAGCAUUGGAUAGGCCUUUCAGCAUCCAAGAUGAUGACAUCACAGUUCAGGAACCUAGGGAACGGUACUUACAAUCUUCUCCUUACGAACACACCGUGGGCCGUCACCUCAUCGUACACGCACGGCUUAUAUCUAAUUUUCGUACCCAUUCGCAUUCUGGUCCUCUAUCCGACUAUGGGAACCUAUGUUUUUGGAGGGACUUGCCGUCAGACCUAAGAAAUUUCUCUACGUCACACCUCCCAUUAUCCGAUUAUCUCGACCAACUUACUACCAUUGCUUUUGUUAAUAUUAUGUUGAACGACAUUCCAGUGGAUGAUGGCGUCGGACUCUUAACGGUUACUUCUAACGACAUCAGGAGGGAUGCCAUGAGCACUUGCAAACAAUUUAUCGAUAGAAGUUACGAGCGCUUGCAUAUAGAACGUUGUGGAGGCUCGUUUCUUGAUGCGCUCGACGUUUUCUCGGCUAGUACCAUGUUCGUCUAUCUAACUUGCCGUCUUAAUGCUGAACACGGAAUCCCAGAAGCGAUGGAAGCCAUACACAUGUCUUCAACGAUCAUCACGGCCAUUAGCGAAAGGUUUAAUACUCUCAAGACAUUCCAAGCGAUACUUCUCUCCAUUUCAAUCCAUUUGAUGAAGGGAAACCGCCAUAAUCCGAACGCUCGAUUGUUCCCGAACGUCAUAUCUCCUCCAUAUCCAAUAGUUCCGCCUCGUCUAGACAUCAAAGUAGACGUACCCUCAACAAUUCCUGAAUGCCUUCGACGAUUGGUUGCUAAAAUGUUUGAAAUAUCAUGA